AUGGCCCAGUACUCUCUCUUCAACGUAUGGGCGGUGCUGCUCCCGCUAAAGCUCUUGCUUAUGGGGGGCUACCAUCUGACUGAUUUUGAUGUCCACCGCAACUGGAUGGCCAUCACCAAAAACUUACCCAUCGCCAAAUGGUACUUUGAGGAUACGAACCAGUGGACGUUGGACUACCCGCCGUUUUUCGCCUAUUUUGAAUGGGUCCUCGCCCAACUUGUCCCGCCAGUGGUUAAAAACGAUGGUGCUUUGGAUAUUGUCGCUACGGGAAACUACGGAUGGCCCACAGUGGUGUUUCAACGACUUACGGUGAUUGCCAGUGAAAUUUUCCUAUUUUAUGCCCUUCAGACUUAUAUCAACACUCUGAAAACGGCUGCGGGUAAACGGAGAGCGUACGUGGUGGCGUGUCUGCUUGCAUUAUCACCGGCCCUCCUCAUUUGUGACCAUAUUCAUUUCCAGUAUAAUGGGAUGUUAUUUGGGAUAUUGACGAUGUGUCUUGCUCGGGCUCGUAGCCAUCGCUACGUGCUGCUGGCGUUUUGGUUUGCCACGUUAUUGUGCUUCAAACACAUUUACUUGUACUUGGCUCCUUCAAUCUUUGUGUGGCUUUUAUUUCAAUGUAUUGGGUUCAAACCGGUGAAAUUUGAUUGGCAAUUAUUGACUAAGAUUGGGUUAACGGUGAUCGCAGUGUUUGCGGUGGCGUUUGCUCCAUUUGCACGUCAAUUACCACAAUUAUUAACUCGUCUUUUCCCCUUUAGUCGUGGCCUUACUCACGCCUACUGGGCGCCAAACGUGUGGGCAUUAUACUCUUUUGCUGACCGAGUACUUAUCCAAAUGUACCGCCACCUUCCGGGAGUCAGACUCGCCCUUGACCGCUAUUUGGGGGCUGAUAUCACUACUAAACUUCUGGCAGGGCUGGAGUUGUUAGCGCUGGCGACGAGGGGGCUUGUUGGUGACGUCGCCUUUGCCAUUCUACCUACCGUCACUCCCGCCGUUACCUUUGGAUUGACGUUAUUCUAUAUGGUAUUGGCGCUUAUCCCCUUAGCCAUGAACCCUACUUACUCUCGAUUUGUCGGGGCGAUGACUCUCUGUGGCUACGCGCUGUUCUUAUUCGGCUGGCACGUCCAUGAGAAGGCGGUACUUGUGGUGGUAUGGCCGUUUACUUUUAUCGCCGCCCGGGAUCGACUGCUUUUAAAGCCAUUCCUGUUGCUUGUUAGUGCUGGGUUUGUCCUGCUUUUCCCGCUUAUUUUCACUCCGAUGGAAUGGGGGGUGAAAGUAGGCUACACGGUGGUGUGGUUGAUGGUAUUUUUCGUCAAUUUCUCCAAAGUGACGCCCGUACCCCGGCUGACCACUCCUAAAUCCACUGGGGGAGUCAUCUUAGACCGUGUGGUACAAUGGUACGUGUUAGGGCUCGUCCCCUUAGUGGUAGUGGUUACGGUGUUAGAAGUAUUGGAGACGAAAUACGCCGUACUCCAGCGGCUUGAAUUCGCCAAACUUAUGCUCACGCUGGUAUACUGUGCCGUGGGCGUGGUGGGGCUGUGGAUAGGCUUCAACGCCCUCUACUUUGGCCGCGACGACUUGUGGAACGACGACGAUGAUGCAUAA